AUGGCAAGCUGCUCUGAAACCACGGGUUACUUUACCCCACACAGCACAAAGGACCUUGUGUGUAAAGUGACAACAAAGAUUUUCCCUUUUUUCAAUGCUCCAAUAUUUUUAGAAAAAAAAGAGCAGGGGGAAAUUGGUAAGAUUGAAGAAAUAUUUGGAACCCCUUUUGAAAAAAUUUGUGCUGUCAAGCUUAGCGGGAAUGUCAAAGCUUUAACAUUCAAAGGAAAAUACAAAGGUAAAAAUUUUUUUUUCACAAUAUAUAUAGAUUCUAAAAAAUUGCUGCCUCUCUUCAUGUUCCUUCCUGGUUUUGUACCAAAUAAAGGACGUGGUAGAGGUGGUAGACGAGGACGAGGAGGAAGAGAGGGUGGUCGUGGAGGCAGAGGAGGAGGUGGAGGCCGAGGUGGUGGCUUUGGCCGUGGUGGUGGUGGAGGAUUUGGCCGAGGUGGUGGACGAGGUGGUAGAGGAGGAGGAGGAUUUGGUAGAGGUGGUGGUGGUGGUGGUUUUAAGAGAUAUUAAAAGUUUGUGAUAAAUUCGUUUUAUCAUGAUCCUAAGUCUGCAUUAUGAGUGAAUGAUAAUGAAUGUUUCAUUUUUUGGGGUCACUCUGCCUUGGGGGGAGAGAUGGCUGAUUAAGAAAAAACUGUGCUGUGAAUUUAUAUAGUUUGUAAUAUACAAUUGUUGUAAAUUGUAUAUUUUAAGUUUAUUGUCCAUGCAAAAACACUCAGGUUUUUAUGUCUCUUGCAAUACUGUAUGUAACGAGUCAUUUUAUAGUGUUUUUAUAUAAAAUAAACAGUCUAUCUUAUUGCCUUUUCAAAUAUCAUUUAGACAUAAAAAUGGAUUUCAAGCAAAAUAUUAUAUGUGAAAUACUACACAAGUUUUCAUUAUGGUUUAAAGCCAUAAUGGGAGUUUGGAGGAAGUAAAUGUGUUCAGAUAUUUGGGAGUGGAUGAAUUGGUGGAUGGUUCCAUGAGAUAGCAAGGGUUAGCUCACUACACAAAGGAGGAGACACAACCAACAUAAAUAACUACAGAAUUAUAUCUGACCUGCCAUUGUUAUCCAAAAUCUUUGAAAAAUUAAUCCAUAACAGAUUAUACCCUUUUCUAUUGUCACCCAAAAAAAUCAAAGUGAUUUAUUUCCA